AGAGACAGGAUGAGUAGGAAGAUCUGUCAGAUUCAGUGUUUCUCUACAGAAGCUUUGACACCUCGCAUCAUUACACCUGGGAAACCGAGGAACAGCCCACUAAAUCAGGUUGGCUAUGAUGAUGGAUUCUUUUUUGGGGAUGAUGAGAAACCUCUAAGUGUCCUUGUCUUUGAUCCCCUGCAGGCAAUUAACAAGAUAGCACAGAAGUAGAUCUUCAUCAGGAAACUGUGACAGACAGGAGGGUGACUGCAAAAUAGAGAGAAAGAGUGAGGGUGAAAGACAGAGCCAAGGAUUUAAAGAUAACUUUUAAAAUAGCUCAUAACAUCUCAGUGUUUCCAGGAUCCUUCACUUAUCUCUCCCCAGUUUCCUGCAGACGACAUACCUGACCAAAUCGCAGGGAGCAUUUGCACCUAAUUUCAUCUGAAAUAUUGCGAGGAAAUUAUAAUAAGACAAUGCUGCCCUGCUCUGGGCUGCCAAUGCCAAUACUAGCUCUACUUCUGCUAGUCGGCCCUCUAGUGGUCAGAGGGCAAAAUGACACGGAGCCCAUAGUACUGGAGGGUAAAUGCCUGGUGGUCUGUGACUCAACACCCUCCUCAGAACCAGCAGGUAAUGCGCUGGGGAUGUCUGUGCGUUCAGGUACCGGCCGUGUGGCCUUUUCUGCCACACGCCAAACCAACCAUGAGCCCACAGAUAUGAGCAACCGCACCAUGAUCAUCUAUUUUGACCAGAUCUUGGUGAACGUUGGCAGUCAUUUUGACCAAGAAAGCAGUAUCUUCCUUGCUCCGAGACGAGGGGUGUACAGCUUCAAUUUCCAUGUGGUGAAGGCAUACAACAGACAAACCAUACAGGUGAGUUUGAUGUUGAAUGGAUGGGCGAUGAUCUCAGCCUUUGCUGGAGACCAGGAUGUGACACGGGAGGCAGCCACAAAUGCAGGGCUUGUGAUCAUGGAGCGAGGGGACAAGGCUUACCUCAAGCUAGAAAGGGGUAACUUAAUGGGAGGCUGGAAGUACUCUACUUUUUCAGGCUUCCUGGUAUUCCCCUUGUGAAGGACGUCCGUGUGGGGAAGAGAAGAGGUGGGAGACGAGAAAGAGAGAGGGUGACAUGCUCUCUGAGGAUUUAUGAAUGCCAUAGAAAAGAUCAUGUUUGUUCUUCUCUUUCAUUUAACUGGUGUCAGAGCAGAGAAAAUGCAUAACAUGGAAAGUUAACUAUAUGAAAUAUUAUUUAUAUUGUAUCAUUUAUAUUGUUUAGAAAUAUUGU